CAGUUGGUGCACUGUGUUGUGUGUAGUUGUGUUGGAGGCCCGCCAACACCUGUCAUGUUAUCACCCAGUCUGUGAAGGGGACCACUGCCUAUGAAAGACUUGGCAAGGUGUAUCGGGAAUGUGAUCUGUGACGUCACUUUGUUUUCUCAACUGAGGUUAAAAGUAACUGUCAGAAUCUGACAGCAUUAUCUGUACAUGUAAUCUCACAAAAUCUCUUUAUGUUUGUUUGAAUUCUGGAGGUUUUCUGGAAUGCUGUGACCACGUUAUGUUGAGACUGUAUGUGUGUUACAGCUGCAUGAAGUUGGUCAGCUGUUUGGACAUAUGACUUAUCAUUCUUCAAAGCAAAGAAAUUCAGCUGGAUGUCAAAGAGUUUGUACAGAAAGACUAACCAGUGUCGAGAAAGACAACAUAUCUGAUGAAUCAACUGGCUUUUCACAGUUAUCCAAUCCUGCCAAAUCCAAGUCUUUUGCCAUGGAGAAAUACCCAAAAGACAGACUUUGCAGCCUCACAGAGUGCUUGGAACCUUUCAUAUAUACAUAAUUUGCAAGCAUGAGGAUCUCAUGUGCAUCAAGCAUGGGCACAUUAGUCUCAUGUGCUAGAACUUCAUGGAUUUUUACCAUCAUCAUAGCUCAUGUCAUCAGCAUGUGCCUCGGUUUCAACUUAGAUGGUUCUCCUGGUUCUUAUGCAAAGUUUCCCAUUUGGGAUCCUUGUUCAAACGGGUCCAUUAGUUUUGAAUUUAAAACUGAUCGUCCAAAUGCUCUUUUGUUAUAUUUUGAUAGUGGCCAAAGAAGUUUCUUGGAACUGAAGUUAGUUGGAGGAAUUGCUCGACUUCGAAUGAACUUUGGUAAAGGAACAAUUAAUCUUUCUGCCGGUCAGAGACUAGAUGAUUACCGGUGGCACAAGCUUGAGAUUCUUCGAAAGAGUGAACACACAACGUUAAUAGUGGACUCGAUAGAAAACACUCGGACUUCGGUUGGGAAGGAGUUUGAGAUAGACAGCCGUACCAACAGCAGUAGAUUUUUAUUUAUAGGUGGCUUGAGUGAGGAGUAUGAUCGUGAGCUUUCAAAACUAGCAUUACCUUCUGUUGUCUUUGAACCAAAGUUCCGAGGAUCUGUACGCAAUUUGUUUUAUGGUAAUUGUGGUAGUGUGCCAGAGAGACCCGAGAUGCUGGAUUCCCAAGGACUACUGUCCAGCGUGACUGACCUGUGUGAGAAGGGCAAUCCCUGCAUGAACAGUGGCUCCUGCCUCACCACGGACAAUGGGAUCAUCUGUGAAUGCUCCAGGACAGAAUUCACAGGUGAUCGAUGUCAGAUAGAAAAAGUUCCAUCUGAUGCAACAUUUCUUGGUGCACAAUAUUUUAGUUAUGAUCUGAGUAGUCGAGGGGACCCGAUCAUCAGCAACAGUGAUGAACUGUAUUUGGACUUCCGCACCAGACAGCUCAAUGGACUGCUCUUUUACACUGGUGAUUUAAAAGACUAUUUGAAUGUAGCAGUGAAAGAAGGUGGUAUCAAGCUAACGAUAAAUCUGGGAUCAGGGGCAUACGAAACUGAGGUUAAACCCAGUCAUGUCCGCUUUGAUGACAACCGGUGGCACCACCUAGUGAUCAAACGAGAAGCAAGAGAGAUAUCAAUUGAAGUGGAUGGUGUGCAUCGGCGGUCUGGCAGCACGACAGGGACGUUUACCCAGCUAUCGAGCAGUAUCCUCUACGUUGGUGGCAGUCCCAACACAGGACAGCUGGCGGGAACCAGUGUGUUCCAGAACUUCAAGGGCUGCAUGCGGAAGGUGAAGUACAAGGCUGACAACAUUGAGUUAGACCUGACAGAGCUGGCCAAGACUGAGCACAGCUUGAUCAGUGUGUUUGGUGACGUCAUCUUCAACAAGUGCCAAGAGCUGGCGGAAUCUCACCCCAUCACCUUCACCACCCCGGAAUCCUACAUCACCCUGCCCACCUGGGAAGUGUCGCCCCGCAGAGGCUCUCUUGCCUUCCAGUUUCAAACCACAGAGCUCAAUGGAGUCCUUAUGUACAACUCUGGACCAGAGAACCUAAAGGAUUUUUUCGGAAUUGAAAUCCUUGAUGGUCAUCUCUAUCUUGUCCUCGACCUCGGAUCAGGUGUCCUGAAGGUCAAGGCCAGCAAGCACCAAGUCAGCGAUGGCAACCCGCAUGAGGUGUACGUCGACUACCAAGGACAGCAAGGUUACAUAACUCUGGAUGGCGUGAAAGAGUCGUAUUAUUCUGACGGGACUAAUGAUCAGUUGAAUUUGUCAGGAUUCCUCUUUGUUGGUGGGAUAAAUGACAAGCUGGGCCAAAGCAUGUUGCCCCAGGAGAUGUGGUCUGGAAUGCUGGGUCAUGGUUACGUAGGCUGUUUCCAGGAUCUUGUCAUCAAUGGCAAGAAGGUGGAUUUGGUGGUUGCAGCUAAUGGCCAGGAGGCUAAAGGAAUCGCAGAAUACUGUCACAGGAUAGAGCCACAGUGUCUCAGUCAUCCCUGUAUGCAUCAUGGGAUAUGUUUAGAAGGAUGGAACCGCUUUGUAUGUGACUGCCGAGCAACUGGUUACAUUGGAGAUGUGUGUCAAAAAGCUGCUACAACACUUAGAUUUGACGGGACUCAGUUUGUGAAGGUUAGGAUGCCAGAGGAGUCUUCCACAGAGGCUGAGGACAUUUCUCUACGAUUCCGAACGAUGCAUCCGAACGGUCUUCUGUUCAUGACAUCGUCGGAGCACUCCACCGAUUCCAUGGAGCUAUACCUGGAGUCCAGCGCCAUCAAGCUCUCCAUUAAUGUGGGAAGUGGAACACAGGUUUUAACAGUGGGCAACAUAUUGAAUGAUGAUCGUUGGCAUACAGUAUUUAUUCGACGUCGGGCACAAACAAUCGAGAUUGGAAUAGACACACAUCGGCCUGUCACAGACAAGCUCCCCGGCCAAGAAACAUCCUUACAAUCUAAUGCCAUAGUUCUUGGUUCAGUAGAUGCUCUCACUCCUGCUGAUAUGCCAGGAAUAUCUGAUGAACUUGAAUUCCGAAAUAUCGAAAUUGGACACAUGGUCAAUGAUGACAAUUCUCUUGGCAAGCAUUCUGGAUUCAUUGGUUCCAUGCAACAGUUCAUGUUCAACCAGAACUUGUUUUUCGAGAUGGCAAAAUCUGGAAAGAUCGACAAUAUUCAAGUGACAGCCAAAUUUAGCACAGACGAAUAUGCUGUUCGGGAUCCCAUCACUUUUAAAUCGGCAUCAGCAUUUGCAAUGCUUAAUCGUCUUCAGGUGUACAAAGACUUUUCAUUGUCCUUUCAAUUCAAGACCACAGAGGCAGAUGGCCUGAUCUUCUACAAUGCAGGGAGAGGACAGGACUUCUUUGCCAUAGAGCUGAAAGACGGCUUCCUGUACUACAUCUACAACAUGGGUGACGGCCCACAGCGGAUCAAAACCAACACUCGCGACCCUCUCAACAAUAACAAAUGGCACGAGGUCCGUCUUCUGAGAACAGAAAUCUACAAACAGUUGAUUCGAAUUGAUGACAACACACCUACCAUUGAUAAUCUCUCAGGUGCCCAAGCAGUGAAUUUUGAUCUGGAGGGGAAUUUCUUUGUUGGUGGAGUACGAAAAACGAUGUAUCACUCGCUGCCAAAACAGAUUCAGUCCAAGCAUGGUUUCCUCGGAUGUCUGGGAUCUCUGGAUUUGAAUGGGUAUCUUCCACAGGUUGUCAAGGAUGCUGAUACUAUCUAUCAGUCUGUGGUGGAAGGUUGCAAAGGCCCUACACGUCAGUGCCAAAAAGACUCUUGUGCCAACUUCGGUCGCUGUAUUCAACAGUGGAACUCGUACAGCUGUGAUUGCGACAUGACCUCUUACUCAGGACCUACCUGCAAAUCAGCAAGUACCACCUACGAGUUUGGACCAGGAGUUGGUCUAAUAACCUUCACCCAUCCCUCUGGCAAACGCCCUGACAAUAUCCGUGACACACUUGCUCUAGGCUUCACAACCAGAGCUCGCGAUGCAGUCCUAGUGAGGAUAAACAGUGGCAGUUACGAUGACUACAUCGAACUUGAAGUGGUAAAUGGAAAUGUCUUUGUGGUGUAUAACAUGGGGACAACGGACCACCCGAUUGGUGAGCUGUUUGAGAAGGUGAAUGAUGGAAAAUAUCACGUGGUGCAAUUUACGCGGUCAGGUGCUAAUUCCACCAUUCAAGUUGAUGGCUCUACUAUGCAAACUAAGAACCCCAAAGGGCAGCAGUUGGAGGUUUUCAAUAACCAGGCAAAUAUCUACAUUGGUGGUAAACACGUGAAAAAUGGAUCAGUAGUUCGCCCAUUUCAGGGAACAAUAUCAGGUCUGGUUCUGAAUGGUUUACGCAUCCUUGACCUUGCUGUUCAGCGAGAUCCCCGUGUGACUAUCCGAGGCAAUGUGUUUCACAGAGAAGAGUCACCCACUGAAAAACCAUCUAGGAAAGAGGACAAAAUCGACUAUGAAAUGCAGUCUACAAUGGGAGUAAGACAAACAACACCAAAACUUGGUGUGACUGAUGACAUCAUCUUCUCUGGGGCAGGACCUGGUUGCCAUAGUGAUGAUGAAGAUGACUGUUCACCAUUUGGUUCAGGGACUGAAGAUGACAUCAUCACACCAACAGUUGUCAUUAAAACUACACCAACUCCACCUACAACAACUUCCAAGACCCGAACAUAUAAGAAGUGUACUGGAUCAAACUGCCCAAUCAAUGGAGAAGAAUAUUUUGUGUCCACAUCAGACAAGGGUCUGUCUGAAGGAUCCCGGGACUACAACACUGGACAAGGAGGUUCCAAACCCACCCCCGAGACGGGCAAGGAAUCUACAGGCAAGGGCAGCAGCACAAUAAACAUUGGCAUAAUCAUCGGCAUAGCAGCAGGAGUGUUGGUGGCAAUCCUGAUCCUCGUGUUUGCUUUGUACAAGUUCAGAAGUCGAGACGAAGGCACAUACAAAGUGGACGAGAGUCAGAACUUCUCGUACCUGGAGUCCAAGAAGCAGCAAGGCAAUGGAGCCCUGCUCACCACAGCAGAUAGUGGUAAUAAUGCCAAGAGGGUUGGCAAGAAGAAAGAUGUGAAAGAGUGGUACGUCUGAAUACAUCAAGAUGUCAAGGUAAUCAGUGUGAUGGUGUCAGUGCUUUUGCUAAUAAACAGCUGUAUUGCAUCUCUCCAAGAUUCUGCCAGAAACUAGAGGUUGUAUUCCUGGAAUAAGCCAAUGUGACUAAGUGACAGUAUGACCUUGUGUGUAUGGGUAAAAUGAGUAGUGUGUGUCACUGCUCUGUUUGUGUUGUGAUGAAACGAGGGCGAUGUUUAUGUGGUUGCUGAAACCUGAUGAAUGAAGACCGUGGAUACUGAACAUAGUAGUGUCAGUUUAAUGUAUGGACAUAACUUUGCAUUGGCUCAUCACAUUUUACACAGAAUGUCAGAUGUUGGUAAAUGUAUUUUCUGCCAGAUUCAAAGAUAGCAACUCCAUUGUGCUACAGACAUUGAAAUGAAAAGAGAAAAAAAUGUGUUGAUGGCUGAAGGGAAAAAUAUGCAGUAAUAUAUACAGUGCAUUGAAAAAAAAAGAGGUGAACUUUGGCCAUCAUUGAUUUAUAUACAUGUCCAGACUUAACAUCCAUCUGAUAUUUUUUGUUUCACAAGUUAAUAUCAGUAUGAAAAAUGAGAUUUAGUGUGGCUGUGAAUUUAAUGAAAUAAGGGACCAAGAAUUUCCAUGUUUUUGUUUGUCAGACACAUGUUUUCAGUGAAUGUUUUAGAGUCUAAAGCAUGAUUGUUUUUAGUUAAUAGUAUAUUCUCUAGUAAGUGGCUGUUCCAGCAUCUACAGAGGCUGCUGAAUCGUGUGAUUGUGGACAUAGUUUCAUUAUUCGUGUUCUUCUGGUUCUCCUACAAGCAGACUCUAAAGAAUGUUAUCCCUGUGUUGAGCUGACUCAUGCGCUCAAGGCUGGAAAUCCAUUUUGUGGAAUGAGAAGCAAUCUUUACUUCUCAAAUUUUUAUUUGGAAGCAAAUGUUAAAAACUGAGAAUCCAUUUCUAAAAAGUUCUGGGAAAUUUGACCACUUACAAGACAUAUAGUGUGACUUUUGUUUAACAACAAUGCAAAAAACAACUUGAGACAAAUACAGAUAAAAGUUUAUGAUUUAUAUUAGGUAUGUCUCCUGAAAAUGAAGAUUUCUGCAUAUAUCUGGAAUACUGUGAAAAAUAAGACGGAAAGCAAAAGCUGCCUGUGAAACUGAUAAACAGAAAGAAUAUUGUGUUUUGUAAUUAGCAUUUGCUUCCUGCCUCCUGUCAGUUUUGAGAUUUCGCUUCAUGAAAUGUUGAAUGUGAGAGAUGGGAAUCGGUCACGGUGUUAGUGGCCCUGCAGUCAAAUGACGUCAGUGUUCUAUGGGAUUAUGGAAUGCUCGCUGGACAGGUUUUGGUGGGAAGUCUUAAAUUAAUGUGAGGGGGCAAGAACCAGUGUAUACUUGUGAUAAAACCUAAGUACUGACCACAGUCCAGGUAGUGUUGUAGAAAUAUUUUAAUUGCAAGUUUGUUUAAAGGUGCUCCUACUUGUUUUAAUCAUUGGCCUCAGUACCAGGUCAAUAUUGUGUAAUUGCGAUAAUUAUUUUUCUUUCUUUAUUACAAUUAUUCUCAGGAAUAGUUUAUUGAGAUGAACAUUUUUAAUUGUUAGCUCACUAGAAAAUCCUGCACAAUGCAGUUUAUUUUAGCUCUUUUCAGAACUUAUGCCACCAACAUCUUGCCUAUAUAGCUUAUCAGUGAGCACAUGCCACAUUUGCUGAAUUUCCGAUUAUACUCACAAAGCCUGUAGUGAAUCACUGGCUAACAGGUGUCAUAUACUCAUACAUAAAUUGUAAAUACAAUGUGUACAAGAAUCCAGAAGAACUAUGGCCACCAUAUACAACAAAAAUAUUUCUCUCUUUAUGCCCCGGGGCAGGAUGUAGCCCAGUGGUAAAGCACUCACUUGACGUGCGGUUGGGUCUGGGGUCGAUCCCCGUCGGUGGGCCCAUUGGACCAUUUCUCA